AUGCAUUGGAAAGGACUCCGUUUGAUGGAUGGCAAAAGACAGACCGUCGAAACUCAAGACCAGUCACGUCGCAGUGAACAUCUACCACGUCCCAAUCCCCCCGCCACCGAACCCAGGCUAUCCGAGUCGAUCCCUCGCUCCUCCGGUCUGUCAAGCAGCCACGUUCAUCUGCCUCACCUGCAAGUACCGGAAGACAAGGGGUCGAACGAUGGCGUACCUCAACCGGACUUUACAGGUCCAUCUUCCGGGGACACCCCCAGCUUGCGCCGCAAUAGAUUUAGCUUUAUGAGACUACGCCAUGCAUCCGAUCCCCAACUCUCCAAGUCUUACGCCAAAGCGGGCCAACAAGACACUCCGCCGGUCCCCUCCUUGCCGCCUCCUACAAUUAUCACUACUGCCCCAACUAGCCACGAGCUUGACCAGCCCACAAAACAAAGAUCCAAGCUCAACUUUCGACCGUCAUCACGAAAGCAGUCUAUGGAGGAAAUGUCCCGGAAAUCGACGGAACAACCUACCAAGUCCCGCCGGAGGGGUCAGGGAUCAGCGGAUUCUCAGGUGACGGAUCCAGCGCUCGCAAUGUCCCGGAGCAUCACCGAAGAGCCUGGGAGACUGUCAACAAACUCGCUUCGGGGGAAUCAACGACCGAAUGAUUCCCAGCGCUCAUCUGUGAUCGAUCCUCGAUUUUCUGAGUCUUCUCGGUCCGAUCAGAGCUACGGAGAUCAGGCAGUCACCCGAAGUAACUCCCCACGCGAUGGAGGCAGUGCGACAUCAGCAAAACGAUUCCGUCUCAAGUUGAAACGGAACCGGAAUCCUCUCUUUCCCUUGCCGCCGAAAUUCCCGCAAAGUCAUGUUAUGGAUAAUGGACCGAAGUUCCCCCCGGCAGAUACGCCAAACUCCGAGAUCUCAGAUGGCCAUGACCAAGUCUCACCGCUACCAUCACCAUCGCGUUCCACGGUAGGACUUGCCGCAACUAGUACACCACAUCUAUUCCGGAAUGACUCCACGAAUUCCGCUCGCUCUGUUCGAUCCAAUCCAUCAUGCAAGAAACGCGGGCGUUCGUCCACCAUGGGAUCGCUGGCCGAGAACCAGGACGACUUGUCUGUACCCCCAUAUUUGGCUUCUUCGGCACGCACCUCUACUUCAACUAGCGGCCGUAAGAGCUUUGGAGAUAUGUUUAAUAUCACACAGCGAUUGCGGCAGAACUCCUCACCACCUGACCCUCGCCAUGGCUCCCCCGCAUUAGGUGGCUCCCUAACACCGGUUUCAAAGCUACCCUCAAUCCCCAAACGAGAUGAAAACGAUACUCCAGCAUCGUACUUGACGCGAUUGGAAGAAUGUUUACCUCGCGGAAUGAUCGCGGGCAUCCUUGCACAAUCGGACGAGGAAUUUUAUAAAAUUGGACUACGGAAAUAUAUGAGAAGCUUCUCAUAUUUUGGCGAUCCACUAGACAUGUCGAUUCGCAAGCUCUUGAUGGAAGUUGAACUUCCAAAAGAGACACAACAGAUUGAUCGGUUUCUGCAGGCAUUCGCUGAUCGUUAUCAUGAAUGCAAUCCUGGCAUCUUCUCAUCUCCUGACAAAGCAUACUUCAUUGCGUUCUCUAUCUUGAUUCUUCAUACUGACGUGUUCAACAAGAAUAACAAGCGGAAAAUGCAGAAGCCGGAUUAUGUCAAGAAUUGCCGUGGCGAGGGAAUCUCCGAAGAUAUUCUUGAAUGCUUCUAUGAGAAUAUCUCGUACACUCCAUUUAUUCACGUGGAAGAUGCUAAUCUUCGUGAUCGCCACCUUCCGAAGCCCCGCCGUACCCUUUUCAAAAGCACGAGCACUGAAAAUCUCGCCCGGAUAGCUCGUGAACCAGUAGAUCCAUACGCCCUUAUUUUGGAAGGAAAAUUGGAAUCUUUGCGCCCAAGUUUGAAGGACGUUAUGAAUCUUGAGGAUACCUACGAUCAUUUCGGUUCAGCUGGGCCACCAGACAUGGAUGCGCUUCAUCAAGCCUUCGCCAAGUCUGGGAUUUUGCAGAUUGUGUCUCUGCGCUCUCGUCCUGAUGCAUUCAUGCCUUCUAGCUUGCACAAUCCUCUUGAUUCCAAUCCGGGUCUGGUGGAUAUUAAAGUUGCCAAGGUUGGCGUGCUGUGGCGGAAGGACCCAAAGAAGAAGAGAGCUAGGUCUCCCUGGCAGGAAUGGGGAGCGAUCCUCACUUUCUCUCAAUUAUACUUCUUCCGCAAUGUGACUUGGGUGCGCUCGCUAAUGGCACAGCAUGAGGCAUACGUCAAGAAUGGCCGCCGCGGGACUCUGGUUUUCGACCCGCCCCUGUCAGACUUCAAACCCGACGGCAUUAUGUCUACCGGGGAUGCGGUUGCGCUUUUAGACACGAGUUAUAAGAAGCACAAACACGCGUUCAUGUUCGUUCGACACAACGCAUUGGAGGAGACUUUCCUUGCCACCUCGGAGCCGGAGAUGAACGAUUGGCUGGCGCAUCUCAAUUAUGCUGCAGCUUUCAGAACCACUGGUGUACGCACCAAGGGUAUGAUCGCCACAAACUACGAAGGACAGCGAUAUCGCAAGAGCCAGCACAUGGGUUCCGUUUCUUCGCUGAAGUCUCAACAAUCCCAGUCAACGGACCUGGAACCCCCAUCUCCCAGCAUUGAUAACGACAUCGUUGCUGAAUUCGUUGCCGCGCGACGACAGCUCAUGAGCCAGAAGAUUCGCGAGGCCAAUGAAAAGCUUUUCGCGUCUCAAAAGCAACUUGAGGAUCUCCUUCAAAAUGCCCGACACCUUCAAAUUCUCACUCCGGUUCAUGCUCGUGCCCGCGAGGGUGUUAUCCUGGCUGCAGGUCGAUUGUCUGCGAAACUUAAAUGGGUCAGACAGGAUAUCUGGCGUAACAAAUGUUAUCGCCAGGUUCUACUGCGAGACCUUGGAGAGGAUGAUGAGACAGCCGACAGCCGGGUUGGAUCUGUUACUGAACCAGCGCCAUCCCAGGCGGAUGUAGCACGCGUAUCUUCUCUUUCUGGGCCGUCUGUUGCUUCGGAGCCUAGCGUCGAAAGGGCUGGUAGCAUUGUACCUACCCUCGCUAGCAUUGAUACGCCCGAGCCUAACGUGAUCGUCACUGACGAAUCAUCAGAGCCGGGACUAUUGGCGAAACCUUCAAACGACGAGCUACGUCGUCCCAGCAUACCAGGAUCCGUCACAUCUUCUGACGUUUCUCGUAUUGGGCGUCGACGUUCUGCGGUCACUAUUCCCGAACGCGCUAAGUCAUACUCGCCCGAUCCAAAAACAAUCCAACUUGAGCGUGAUGCUUCGGUUCUCAGCCGUGUGAGCAGAUGGGAUGGCGCCAGUAUUGCGUCUCGAGCCUCGAAAUUGACCUCGCCUGUCAGCUUUGAUGACAAUGAAGAGCGAAUUCUGAGGGAGGCUGGUCUAUUGCAGCUGCCUGAGUCCCCGGGACGCAAAGAGUUUGAUAUUUCCCCCGACGCGACGCCCGGAAAAACCGCCGAGCCCGACGCAGCUCCAGCUGAUAAAUCCGACAAACCCAGCCGUGUUCGCCGAAGCCUUCAUCGCACACUUCGCGAGUCGCAUGUUCAUAAGCACCACUCUUAUUCAAAGAAGAAGCGUGGGUCGAUCUCUAGCACCGGACAGGAGGAAGACGACCAAGUCUCCGGCGAUGGUGACAUCCUCCCGCGCAAAGCGCCUAGCUUCACCGUGCACGGCAAGAAAGCGUCCAUUGUCACCUUCGGCUCCGAGUGGCAGAACAUGCCCCCUGAGGAGCGUCUCAAGCUCCGAAAGCCCACUCCUCAUGAGGAACCACGAGCAUCGGAUCCCACUCCGCUCGACAGUGGAGAUUCGCUGGUACUGGAGACCGAACCGGAAAGACCCCAUUCACUUCGUAGCAACAGCACUACCACCGGCCUCAGCAUCCGCACCAACGAUGAUCUAGCGGAGUUCAAGGAUGCUCAGGAGGUGCAGUCAGAGGAAGAGGAUCUCGGACGCCCCGGAUCCCCAGUCAUCUCAAUCCCACCUCCAGAAACAGAGCCAUCAUCAGACAACCCUUGUUCCCCUACAAAAGCAUCCAAUGGCCAUCUUUCCGCACCAAUACACGAUGGUUCUGUCUCUUCAUCCUCUGCAUCCCUCAACGAGCGGGUCGUCGAUACUCCAUCCACCGAAGGCCUACGUGAGCAGGCCGUAGGCGCCUGA